AUGACAUUCAUUCAUCAACUCAAGAAACCUUUAUCUCAUUCUAUCCCCUUCGCUAUUCGAUCGAUCUCAUCAUCCUCUUCCAGACACCAAAAGCCAAUUGUGAGCUCAAGUUCAGCAGGACAAUCAACACCAAUCUCAAGUGUUAAAGCUGGAACACCGCUUAAAGGCCUAGGUAUCAUUAAAGGUGUAGGAGAUCCCGUUGCCAAACCGGAUGAAGAGUAUCCAAGUUGGCUUUGGAGUUUGAUCGAACCUGGAAUGGGUGCUGGGAAAUCUGAUGAACCUCUUAGAGCUAUCAGACGUGAACUCAAUAGAGAAAAUCGAAAUAAGAUUAGGAAUUCAAAUUUCCUCAAAGGUAAUAAAUAA